UUAAGAAACACUGCAGUUUAGUUAGGGUAGAUUAAUUGAGGUUACAGAUGGCAAACAUAGAGAUUCCCACGGUUGAUCUCUCUCACUUCUUAAGUAAUAGUCAGGGAGAUGAGAUUAUAGACGCAAGAAAGAGAGCUAUAGGUAUAAUGAGCAAAGCCUGCUCUGACUAUGGCUUCUUUUAUGUUAUUAACCAUGGUGUGUCUCAAAAACACCUAAACCGAGCCUUGCAGCUCUCAAAAAUCUUUUUUGAAUACCCACAAGAGGAGAAGCUCAAGUGCAAACCUAAACCUGAAGCACCAUUUCCGGCAGGUUACAGUCAAGCUAAAACCUCUGUUGAGAACAACGCUUAUUUUCUCAUGUUUCAUCCCAGAUGUGGCUUCAAUGUAUUUCCCACCAAUCCACCUGAGUUAAAGGAAACACAGGAAGAGAUGUUCAGCCAGUUUUCCAAGCUUUCUGAACUCAUAGCUGAGAUAAUAAAUGAUGACUGCUUGGGCCUUCCUCACAACCUCCUCAAAGAGUACAUUGAUGAUAGCAGCUGGAAUCUCCUUUUGACAAAUUAUUAUCCGUCUGUUUCUGAUGCUCAGAAUGUGGGAAUGCUUCAACAUAAAGAUUGCAACUGCCUGAGUCUUGUUGUUCAAGAUGAUGCCGGUGGCCUGGAAUACUUGAUUAAUGGAGAAUGGAUUCCUAUCAUCCCUCCUAAAUCUGGAGAAAUACUCGUCAAUGUGGGGGAUAUCCUUCAGGUGUUCACGAAUGACAAGUACAAAAGUACACUGCACCGGGUUGUUAGUCCAGAAGGGAGAAGCCGAAAUUCCUUUGUGUAUUCCUAUAAUGUGCAUGGAGAUAAAUGGAUAGAGCCACUCCCUCAAUUCACAACAGAAAUUCAAGAACUACCAAAAUACAGACGGUUUACGUACAAGGAAUACCUAUCCUUGAGACUCAGUAACAAGCAAAACCCUUCACAGACACCCGAGGACGCCGUUACUAUUGCUUACUACGAAAUUUAAAUAUUUUGUAAACCGCAAUCGGCCACUUCUCAUCUCUCUCCCUUUUUUCCCGUCGUCAAAGGAUGGAAGGAGUAACUUUAUUUACUUUUUCUUGUUCUUCUUUCCCUUAAUGUCAUUCAAUAAGUGGAAUAUUUCCCAAAAGUUAUUUCAAAUCGGGUCCUUUAAAGUGAUCUACCAAAAG